AUGCCAUAUUCAAUUGUCCAUUUUUUUGGUGACAACUCGAUUGAAACUGUCCCUGAGCAUUGGAUAGACAAAAAAAAUGGCACUUGUGCUUGGCCUAACAAAAGUAAAACCGCUUCACGGCUUAUUGAAAAAAAAUGUAUGCCUAACCAGAUUGAAUAUACAUAUUUAAGAUGCAGAGAAUUAUGUAAAGGAAUUGAUUCAUUAGUUGAAGCUAAAACUAAAUCUAAAAAAGCUUUGUACAUGUCUGAUUUAUCGUCUACAGAAGAAACAGUUUCAGCUAACGAACGCCAUAAAGAAAUUAUAAUAUCUUCUCCUACUUUGUCUACAAAUUCAUGCCCAUUGUUUUCAGAUUCUGAUAAUGAUCUAGCAUCUAAAAAAUCUAGCACUAAACCUAAGUUUAGUACAACUAUGAUUGGCUCUGAUAAUAAUGAACAUUUUAGUAGUUGUUCUCCAUUGCCAAAAUUAUUAAAUGAUUAUCCUCAUGAAGCCAUUAUUGAUGAUUCUGAAUAUAAACAGAGGUAUAAUAAGGAACCUAACUAUUCACCACCUGUCACAAGUGAAUCACUUAAAACCAUUGAUUAUAACAAAACUAAAAAGCAAAACGGUUGGUCGCCAUUAAAAUUGAGUAGUCCAGAUAAAAAUGUUAAAGUUCUAGAUUCAGGUAAUAGUGAGCCAAUAUUUAAAAGAAAACCAUCAUCCACAUAUACACCAACCGCAAAUUUGGAUUCAUUAAGUAGUAAAAAACAACUUGGUCCAUAUUCAAAAAUUAAUGACAAUGAACAUUCUGUAGUGCGAGGAUUAAUGUUAAACUCCAAUAGUCCUGAUGAGUAUGAGUUAUCCUUCUCACAUUCUAAUUCUUUAGGAAAAAAGAAAAGUUAUUACAUAGAACAGGAUGGUCCAAACUGCGGUGUUGUGGUAACUGAAAAACAUUUUAGUCACGGUGAACCUUUAUUGGCAACAAGAAAAGUUAAAUAUUCAGAUAAUAGUGAUCCACUAUUUAAAAGAAAAUCACCAGCCACAUGUACACCUACUGCAAAUUUGAAUACAUUUAGUAGUAAACAAAAAAAUAGUUCACCAUAUUCUAAAAUUAAUGACAACAAAAAUUCUGUAGUGCGAGAAUUAUUUUCUAGCUCCAAUAAGCCUGAGGAUGAUGAACCAUCUUUCUCACAUACUAACUGUUUCGGUAAAAAGAAAAGUUAUCAUGUAAAACAGGAUGAUGGUCCAACCGGUGGCGUCAUAGCUGAAGUUACACCUCAACGCUAUUCAAAUGAUUUUCAAAAGCAGGUAUUACGUAUGCUUACAUACUUGACAAGUGAAGUACGAUAUUUGGAAUCUGGACAAUCAGAAAUACUUAGAAAAAUCGAAAAUGCAGCAUCUGACAACAACUUCAGUAAUUCAGAAACAUUAUCAGAAAGUCUAUUCAAAGACCUUACAGAUUGUCCAUUACCAAUUGACAAUAUAUUCGAUCUUAACAAACUUGAAGAUAAAUUAUCGGAAGAUAAAUGUUUUCGUAACAAAUUGGUUAAUGAAUUAUCUUGCACAGGAGGAAAAAAUUUAAAAUUAAUGGUAAAAAGAAUUAUGAAUAAAUUAUUUACUGAUAAACUUAUGUCCCAAUAUUCGUUUACUGGGAAAAAAGGGAAAAACAAAUUCAACAGUUUGUUUGUUUGUGCUGUUAUUUUUGAUUCUAUUAAAAAAAGCAACAAAUCUUGCAAAACUGCAUCGGUUGAUGAAAUUGAGGAAAGAAUAAAAUAUAAUUUGGCACAAGCACCAUUCAAUAAAAAAAAUGUUUCACAAAAUUAA